GCAUUGAGAGGAGAGGAGGUGCUCUCUUGAUUGAUUUGUCAGCCUUGUAUAUAAAGCAGAAAAAUUCUUCUCUCCCCUGCUUAUCAUACUGGUCUGCAUGCUCUCUACUGGACUUGUGGCUACGUGUUGUUUCAUCUGAACACCAAUUGGGGAUAAAGAACAAUUGAAACAAUGCCAGAACCGACCAAAAAAGCUGAUGAAACAGAAACAGAGAAUGCGCCUGCACCAGAAAAUAACCUUCCAGAAGAUGACAGUGUACAGUCAAAAGAUGGGAACAUCAGUGAAAUGACAUCCUCUUCAGAAGAUGAAGACGACACCUCUCCAGCAGAUGAGCCUCCACCUGGAGAGAGAAAGGACUCAGUAUGGUCUAUGGGAGAUGGGAUGCCAGAAGAAGGAGACAAGCCUGACAUUUCUCAAAAAACUGUUUUAUUCAUUGAAAAGCCCAAGAGUGGGUCCAUUAGUGUUGGGCAAAAUAUUACAUUCACAGCCAAAGUAGAAGCACAAGAUCUUCUCCGGAAGCCAAAUGCUAAGUGGUUCAAAGGGAAAUGGAUGGACCUGGCAAGCAAAGCAGGGAAGCACCUUCAGCUAAAGGAGACAUUCGACCGCCUAACCAAGAUUUAUACAUUUGAGAUGCACAUAAUUAAAGCUAAGGAAAACUAUGGAGGAAAUUAUAGGUGUGAAGUAACUUAUAAGGAUAAGGUUGAUACCUGCUCAUUUGAUCUGGAAGUCCAUGAAACGUCAUCUGCCCCAUCAAUCGAUAUCCGAUCUGCAUUCAAAAGAAGAUUGGAUUCUCCGGAUGCCAAACAAGGUGCCAGGGGAAUCCAUAGCGGUGAAGGACAAGAGGAUGCAGGAGAACUUGACUUUAGUGGUCUCCUGAAACGUAGGGAGGUUAAACAAGAGCCAGAAGAACCUGAUAUAGAUGUGUGGGAGCUUCUAAAGAAUUCCAAUCCCAAUGACUAUGAAAAAAUUGCAUUUCAAUAUGGGAUCACUGAUCUGAGGGGCAUGCUAAACGUCUGAAACGCAUCAAGAGAAGAAAAAGAAAGUGCAGGGUUUCAGGGACUGUUUGUCUGUUCGCCUUCUGAAGCUGAGCUUUUGCAGGUUCCUCCUCCCUCUCCAGCAAUAAAUAAGUGCCAAACAAACUGUUCAGCAAUGGAUAUUCCAGUAAGAGCCAGUGUGGUACAAUAUAUUUUUGAGCACAAAGGUAAUGAAAGGAUCUUAUUUAUUAACAACUGCAUGCUGACCGAUGACGCUCGUUAUCAUGUGACUGCUGGUGAUGAAAAAUGCUCUACUGAGCUGUUUGUAAGAGAGCCUCCAGUGAUGGUGACAAAACCUCUGGAAGAUACGAGUGGCUAUAUUGGAGAUAAAGUAGAAUUGUCUGUUGAAGUUUCUGAAGAUGAUGCAAAUGUGAAAUGGUUUAAAAAUGGUGUGGAACUCCCCCUUGAUAGCAAAUCUCGAUAUAAAGUGAAGGUUGAAGGUAAAAAACACACCCUGAUCAUCAGUGAAGCUACCAAAGGGGACAAUGCCACUUAUUCAGUGAUGACAACUGGAGGGCAAUCAGCUGCUCGGUUGAAAGUUGGCUUGAGACCGCUGAAGAUAAUGCAGCCACUGGAGGACCAGACGGUAAGACUUGGCAAAGAACUCUCUCUGAAAUGUGAGAUCUCUGAGAACUUAGAAGGAAAGUGGUAUAAAAAUGGACAGCUUCUCCAACCAAGUGACCGUGUCAAGAUGUAUCACAAAGGAAGAAUCCAUCGGCUAAUUGUUGAUAGUUCGCUUGUUGAAGACGAUGGUGAAUAUAUGUUUGUUCCAGAAGCUUAUAAUAUCAGCAUCCCCUGCAAAGUGCAUAUUAUAGAUCCUCCCAAAAUCCACCUUGAUGGGAUUGGUGAUAAUAACACCGUGACAGUGGUAGCAGGAACCAAGUUACGACUUGAGAUUCCCAUCUCUGGAGAGCCUGCUCCAAAGGUCAUGUGGAGUAGAGGCGACAAGUGGCUCAUGGAUUCUGGAAGCCGAAUACGAGCAGAGAAUUAUCCAGAUAGCAGUUGUUUAGUGAUUGAUUCUGCAGAGAGGGACGACUCAGGCACCUACAGAAUAAUGUUAAAGAACGAGGCUGGAGAAGACACAGCCCACAUCAAUAUCAAAGUGGUUGAUAUUCCUGAUCCUCCAGCCGCUCCAAAUGUGAUCGAUGUAGGAGAAGACUGGUGCAUUAUGACUUGGGAGCCCCCAGUGUAUGAUGGUGGAUCUCCUAUUUUAGGUUAUUACAUUGAACGGAAGAAGAAACAAAGCUCCAGGUGGAUGAGGCUGAACUUUGACCUUAUUAAAGAAACAACGUUUGAGCCAAAAAAGAUGAUUGAAGGAGUUGCCUACGAGGUUCGAGUAUUUGCAGUCAAUGCCAUAGGCACUUCUAAACCAAGUAUGCCAUCAAAGCCUUUUGUGCCUCUGGCUGUCACCAGUCCGCCUACCUGCCUGGCAGUUGAUUCUGUAACUGAUACUACAGUUACCAUGAAGUGGCGGCCACCAGACCAAAUCGGAGCUGCAGGUUUAGAUGGCUAUAUUAUAGAAUAUUGCUUUGAAGGAAGUGAAGAAUGGAUCGUGGCCAAUCCAGAUCUAACUGACAAAACAAAAUUCACCAUCACUGGUCUACCAACGGGAGCCAAAAUCUUUGUCCGAGUAAAAGCAAUGAAUGCAGCAGGUUCCAGCGAUCCGAGGGUGCAUCCACAACCCAUUUUAGUCAAGGAAGUUAUCGAGCCUCCAAAGAUUCGCCUGCCAAGACAUUUAAAGCAAACCUACAUUCGGCGAGUUGGAGAAGCUGUGAAUCUUGUAAUUCCCUUCCAGGGAAGACCAAGACCUAAGAUAUCAUGGAAGAAGAAUGGUGCUCAUGUAGACAAGAACCAAAUUAACAUCCGUAACAGUGAAAAUGACACUAUCAUCUUCAUCCGAAAGGCAGAGAGGAUUCACUCAGGGAAAUAUGACAUGAAAGUCAAAGUAGAAAACUUGGUGGACAAAGCCACAAUAGAUAUCCAGAUUGUUGAUCGUCCAGGACCACCCCAAGUUGUAUCAAUUGUAGAUGUCUGGGGAGAAAAUGCUGCGUUGGAAUGGAAGCCACCAAAGGAUGACGGCAAUGCAAACAUUACUGGUUAUACAAUUCAAAAAGCUGACAAGAAGAGUAUGGAGUGGUUCACUGUAAUCGAACACUACCACCGAACUAGUGCUACCAUUACAGAACUCGUCAUCGGCAACGAGUAUUACUUCCGGAUCUUCUCUGAAAACAUGUGCGGUCUCAGCCAGGACGCAACAAUGACAACGGAGAGUGCUGUGAUUGCAAAGGAUGGUAAAGUCUACAAAAAUCCAGUUUAUGAAGACUUCAAUUUCACUGAGCCACCAAUGUUUACUCAACCUUUAAUUAACACAUAUGCUGUAUCUGGUUACAAUGCAACGUUGAACUGCAGUGUCCGAGGAAACCCCAAGCCCAAGAUAACGUGGAUGAAGAAUAGAAUAAUUAUCAUGAAUGACCCACGGUACCGAAUGUUUAGUAACCAGGGGGUGUGCACCUUGGAGAUCCGCAAACCCAGCCCCUAUGAUGGAGGCACAUACACUUGCAAGGCUGUGAACUCACUUGGUGAGGCAGAAGUCGAAUGCAAAUUGGAAGUGAAAGGUGGGGUCUCAUUCUUCCGACUACUAAUGCAAGGAGUGCCCCCACAUAUCAUUGACAACUACCUGCAAGAAAUACAAGCAAACAACCAAGACAAGUAGAGUCUGGUCACCAUGUAUCUGCACCACUGGACUGGAUUACUGGCAGUCAGCGCCACAGCAGUUUAGCUCUUACGACAGCACUCCUUCAGCAUGGUCCCUUCCUGCUGCUGUUGCUGCUGCUGCUGGAAAGAAAAAAUCACGCAUGGGUUGCUUUUUUGGGGUUGAAAUAAGUUGAAGCUUACUCACCUGUUGUAAUGUUCCACAUCAUUGUGCGUGCAUUUCUGUGUUGUUUUUUAAAAAUUUUAAUGCCAAAAGAAGAAAAACUAAGCAAUACGCAUGGGAGCUUUUAGUUUAUACAUUGUAUAGCUACAUAGAUUUGAUUUGUCAGAACGAGGAGCAGGUACUGCUCAACCCAGUGGCAAUGCAGGGGAGCCUUGAAACACAUACCUCUUUUGAUAAAUAAUGCAUCUAACACUUGUCUUAGGCACCUACAAAGGCACAGGUUAACACAGUUUGCAGCAUUUAACAGAUAUUUAAGCUGAAUGCAUCUUCAGUUUAAAAAGUUCAUGCAUCCUGUUGCUUAUUGCGGAAUCCCAUUUCUCUUGGCUACUAUUAAGAAGUUUUAAUGUAAUGUACAAUAAAGCUGAAGUGAUCAAGACCUA